AUGGGCUAUAGAAACAUACAUACAGUGCCAAAAUUCGGCAUCGGGCAGUGUUCAGUAAAUUUUCAGCAAGUCCGAUUCAAUUCAACCUCACCUUUUAACUCCCAGCAUCCAGAGUAUCCGGGUCCAGGUCCAUCGAUAUCAUCAACAGAAAGAGGAAGACUUCGCCUCGAGUACUUGAUGGUUGAAUUAGAAGAAAGACCAGAACUUAAAAAGGAUGUUUACAACUUCAUGGAGCUUCUCUUGUCCAUUAUCCAGGUGCAUUUCAGGCAAAAUGAGCAAUCACCACUAGUUUCAAAGAUGCCGGUGAGUGCACAGCAUGUGAUUGUGCUCUUUAGAUUGAUGUGGAAUGCUGAAAUUAACGCCAAGUGGAGGGAGGUGGUGCAGAAAAUGGAUAAUGAUCAUUUGCCCGUCUAUAUGUCCGAUCUAUGCCUAGUCGGCGACUAUGUUCUCCACAUGCUCAGUUAG